AUGACGAGCGAAAACAAUGCACUUAGAGAUUGUCCGGCUCCUAAUAAGAGGUCGUUUACGCUCAUCCUCCAGGCGGUGGAUCAUAACAAUUUUUCUUCGCCCGCGACGACUAAUAUAAUCGAAGAGGCCACGUACUCCGGGAUCAUAGAUCCGAGUCCGGAGUGGCACACUUUGAACCACAGAGGGCUGCGGGCGCAGCUCACCUACAGGGUGCGCGUGAUUUGCGACAAGCACUACUACAAUUCGACCUGUACGAAAUUUUGCCGGCCGAGGAACGAUUCCUUCGGCCAUUUCGUGUGCGAUCAGAACGGCGAAAAGCAAUGCAUCGAAGGAUGGAAGGGGGCCACUUGCGAAACGGCUGCUUGCAAGUCUGGUUGUCACAAGGACCACGGGAAGUGCGAGCAUCCCGGGGAAUGCAUUUGUCGACCCGGCUGGAGAGGAGAUUUUUGCGAUCAAUGCGAACCAUAUCCUGGUUGUAAGCACGAUCUGAACUACUGCGGUACGCACGAGCCCUGCCUGAACGGUGGCACAUGCGAGAACACAGCCCCCGAUAAGUACUUGUGCACCUGCCCCGAGGGAUUUUCGGGCGCUAAUUGCGAAAUCGUCGACAACCCCUGCGCCCCUGCUCCCUGUCUGCACGACGGCAUCUGCAUCGAGGCCGGCGGUUCCUUUAGCUGCGAAUGCGCCGAUGGAUGGACGGGCCCUACCUGCAAUAUCGAUUUCGACGAAUGUACGUCAGCUCCAUGCCAAAACGGUGGAACCUGCAUUAAUUUAGAUAAUUCAUUUAUGUGUAAUUGCUCUAACGCGUGGGAAGGGAACCUCUGUCAAUUCGACGCCGACGAAUGUCUUAAUAAUCCUUGCAUUAAUGCCAUCUCUUGCACCAACCUGGUAGGCGAUUACCAUUGCAAAUGCAGAGUGGGCUGGAUGGGAAAAAACUGCGAUCAGAACAUCAACGACUGCGUUGGCCAAUGUCGCGAUUGCCACACUGAUAUCGACGAUUGCGAACCGAAUCCCUGCAGGAAUGGAGGCGAGUGCGUCGAUCAGGUCAACGGGUAUAGGUGCAUUUGUCCCGUUGGCAUCACUGGAUACGAGUGUGAGAACGAUUACGAUCACUGCAACCCCGAUCCGUGCCAAAAUGGCGCGCCCUGCUUCAAAACGCAAUCCGAUUACUAUUGUCAUUGUCCCGAGGGAUGGCAAGGGAAGAAUUGCAGCCAGGCGAAAAUCAUGUGCGAUAGCCCUUUGUGCGACGACGUUAUCGAGAGCUGUGUAAUAGUUUCGAUUGGAGGAAGCCGAUCGACGACGCCGAGUUUAUGCGGCGAGCAUGGACAUUGCAUUAAUCAACCCGGAAUCGGUUACAAAUGCCAAUGCCAGCCCGGCUACACUGGAAAAUACUGCCAUGAAAAUAUCAACGAUUGCAAAGUCAACCCUUGCGAAAACGGCGGAACGUGCGUGGACAAAGGCAAAACCUGCUCGUUGAAAGACAGCCACUGCGAUCACGCGACCUGCAAAAACGGCGGCACUUGCCAGGACAUGGGCGACGCGUUCGCCUGCCGUUGCCCGCCCGAUUGGGACGGCACCACCUGUCACAUUGCCCGCCAGACGGCCUGCCGUUCGAAUCCCUGCCUGAACGGCGGCACCUGCGUCAACACCGACGACUUCUACCGGUGCAUAUGCAGGGACGGCUUCGAGGGCAACCACUGUCAGGACGACGUCGACGAUUGCAGCCCGCAGCCGUGCUACAACGGCGGCAAAUGCAUCGACGGCGUCAAUUGGUUCCUGUGCGAAUGCGCGCCCGGUUUCACCGGACCCGAUUGCAGGAUCAACGUCAACGAAUGCGCUUCGAAUCCGUGCGGUUACGGGGCCACUUGCAUCGAUGAUAUAGCCGAUUUCAAAUGCCUCUGUCCGGCAGGGAAGAAAGGGAAACGGUGUACCGUAAACGACUUGUCCUACCUACCGACACCAGGCAGCUGCCCUUGGAACACGCACACGCUAGAAAACAACGUAACGUGGCAGCACGAAUGCAACACGUGCUCGUGCACCAACGGCAUGGUGCGCUGCACGAAAAUCUGGUGCGGAUUGGAGAAUUGCCGCGACUUCGGCCGGCCGAACGCCUGCAACAUGAACCAGGUGUGCGUGCCGUCGUCGUCGGAGUCCUGCCUGUCGCCGCCCUGCCUGCCCUACGGCGAUUGCAGGGAAUUGGAGAGCGGCCGAAGGGUGAAACCGGCGUCGGUGCCGACGCCGAGCACCUGCUGGCCCAACCAGGCGGUGCUCAGCAACACGUGCGCCCGGCUGACUUUGCUGUUAGAUAGACCGAAAUUGCCGGAGGGCACCACCGUCGAGGGAUUGUGCGGCGAUUUGCGUCGGUUGUUGGCCAACCAACAAGCGAUGGAAGGCCUCCAAGACGUCUUGUACCUCCUUUGCGAUUUGAAGAACGGUUACAACGACACCGUCGAAGUUACAUUGUCUGGAGAUCGGUGGGUGCUGGACGGCAUUAGAGUGGUAGGCGAGGCGAUUUCUCGUAAACACACCAGUCUACUGGCGCUCGCUUCGAUAGUGGAAGUUAAAGUCGAAACGGCUUUAGUGUCCGACGAGCAGCAGAGCAACAAAUACCUCAUAGCUCUGGUGUGUUUCAUUAUAAUCGGCCUCUGCGCCGCCGGAUUCGCCGUCGUCCUCUACCUGAGACAGCACCGCAGGAACAUCGGCCUCAGCGGCGUCAAUCUAUCCUCAUCGAACGAUCCUUGCCAAAGAAACCACGAAGACGAGAAAUCCAACAACCUGCAAAACGAAGAAAACCUCAGAAGAUAUGCUAAUCCGUUGAAAGACGACAUCGGCAGCUUGGCGAGCAUCAAUUCGCUGGACGUGCCGCGGGUGAGCGUCGUCAGGCCGAUGUCCAGCAUACUGGCGCACGACAAUUCCAGCGAAAUGCUGGAGAUGAUAUCGGAAAUCGACUGUCCGGGCUCCAGGAAGACGAUGCUGAUGUUGCCGGGCACCAGCGCCUCGGAGGGCGCCCUGAAGGCGGGCGACGGCCUGAACAGCGCCCACCGCAGCAGCCAGAUCAUGCUGUACAAGGCGCAAAAUCCGGACGUGCGGAAGAACACGGCCGCUUUCGACGAUUCGUCGGGACACAAAGACUUUAGUAAAAAUAUUAUUAAUGUUAACAAACAAAGGACUUUACAGCAACAGCAUCAGCAGCAACAGCAAAGCGGCAGUGCGGAUGUGUUAACGGUACUUGUCUGAGGGCCAGUGUUGAUUAAAUCAUAUUUUUUUUAGAAUUUAUGCGUGUCUAAGGGGUCCAAGCUGCAUCACUGUGAAUGUAGGUCGCGGUGCUUAACGAUAUUUCAUUAUAAGUGACGAGAAUAAAUGCAUAUUUAUCGCUGUAAUUUCGACAAUAUUAUGAAUUGAUUUCGAUUGUGAUCAAUAUUAAUUAGGGACAGAAUGUUCCAUGUACUUUAUUUAUUGCAGAGAUUACUUCACAUUUUAGAUGUUAAAAUUUAAGUUAACAAAUACUCUAAUAAUUUAGAAGAUUUGAUCGAUUUUCAGAGAGUCUAUAUAUAUCGUAAUUUAAUAUAAAUUAGAGUCAAUUUUAUGACUAUAAAAUGUAGAAAGAGCAAUAUUUUGUAACCUGUUUGCUACAAUGAUUCGACGAAGCGAAUGUGUUGUAAUCGAUUCGAACACAGAUAUGUCUUUCUUCCUCAUUCCUCAGUGCAAUUCUAAUUAUAAGUCUAUCUACUGAUGUUUAAUUAACAGUUGUUUGUUAACUAAUCACUACAAAUUUAUCUACUAAUCUUUAAUGUUUGAAGCAUCACAGAAAAUACAAAACCAACAAGCGAAUUGACAAAGAACUGUUAAAUUAAAAACAUAUUACACUUAAAUAAUAUAUAAAUAUUUAUUUGAUGAGUUAUGGAGCCCUAUUAAAGAACUAUAUUAGAGACUUUAACAUAUAUUUUUGUUUUAAUAAUAGACGAACUCUUAACAAAAGUGAUAUGUGGAGAAAUUGAUCUCGUGAUGAAUGAAGCCUGGUGACACAAAUAUUUAAGUUUAGAAAAAUAGUGUGAUAUUAUUUAAUAUUUUGAAUUUGUUUUUAUUAAUAAUACGGAAUAUAACAAAAGGAAGCAGCUUAAUGUAGUAAAAACAGUUUUUUUAAUAUCUAAACAAUUUAUCAAGAUAAAUUCAAAUAAUUUGAAUCCCUUUUGUUCUAUUCUGUAUAACUUGUUACAAGUUUUUCAAAUUAAUUUUAUUUAAAACGAUAAAUUCUGUGUAUCAGAAUGAAUAUGUAAAUAUUGAUUUGUUUUUUUUUGUAUUUAUUGUAUUAUUGUUCCUGAUUUUUUUAUAUACUUGCAGUAUAGGAUGUCAUUUAAACAUAAUUCAUUCCUGUAUAUGUUCCAAUGUAUAAUUUAUUACAUUCUAAAGAAUCAAACGAAUAGUAAUUUAAGUAAAUAAUUGUGUGCGCGUGUCAAAUUUUUAAAGAGUUUUAUGUAAUUUGUAUAUAAUGUACAUAAAUUAUCACAUAGUUAAUGUGUGAUUGCUUUCAAAAGUAUAUUAUUUGAACUUUGACAUCGUAAAAAAUUAAAGUUUGGAAUGCAAGGCAGCUAAGCAAUAAUUUCAAAAGAAUAGUUCAGACUUUUGGAAGCAAUCCAUAUUAUAGGGAAACUUCAUGUUUUGGUUGCCUUAAUUAUAAAAACAAUGUAACCCGCAUACAAAUCACCGAAAAUAUUAGUUGUACUUAGUACUUCAACAUUAUACAGUGCCUUUUCCAGUGCCUAAUAUUGUGUUUUUAACAACCUGAUUGAAGUUUUCGUUGUACUUCGAAAGUAUUAAAAAAAACUUUUUGUAUAUUUUGUAAAAUGUUUUUGCAUACGAUUUUAAUGAAAGAGCUUUUUUGUAAUAAAGAAUAAAUUGA